CUCGUGCUGCACCCACGGCCUCUACUGGACUCCCUAUCGAGUGGCCUUACUACUGGUGGACGGACGGCACCGGUAGUGCCAACUUUACCAAUGGUCCUGGUGGGGAAUUUAGCGUGACCUGGUCCGGGGGUCACAUCAUUGGUGGAAGGGGGUGGAAUCCGGUUAUCAACUACAGCGGUGUCUAUAAACCCAACGGGAACAGUUUCCUCUCUAUCUAUGGAUGGACUCGCAAUCCCCUUGUCGAAUGCUACAUUGUCGAGAGCUUCGGCACGUAUAACCCAGGUACUGCUGCCGUAAGGAAAGGAUCAGUGACUUGCAAUGGCGCUACCUACGACAUAUACCAGACCACUCGCGUCAAUCAACCGUCUAUCGAUGGGACGAAAACGUUCCUACAGUUCUUGUCAGUCCGCAACCCCAAGAAGUCCCCCGGAGGAUCGAUCAGCGGGACGGUCGACGUAGCAUGCCACUUCAAUGACUGGCAGUCGUAUAGCAUGAUCUUGGGCACAUUUAGCUAUCAAAUCGUCGCCGUUGAGGGAUAUCAGAGUAGUGGUACCGCCACCAUCACCGUCGGUUGA